AUGAAAUUUCCAAUAGAGAACCCGAGGAAACAAGUUAACUGGGACCCCGAACAAGUGGCGGUCCAGACCAACUUGGUCCCUCCCAAAAAGGUCCAGCCUGGCAUGGCUAAAUCCAGCCUAGUCCAAGCCAGUGUGGCCACCAUGCAGAACCCCAUGGGCUGCGACCCAAAGGCCAACGGUCACUGUCCACUGCCACGCCUGUCCAUCUCUUCCCGCUCUGCCAGCGUGGUGGCCAGCAUGGACGCCAGCUGUGAUGGCACGGCCGCGGCGCUCCACUCGGUGAUGAAGUGGAAGACAGUGCUGGCGGUGUUCAUCGUGGUCGUUCUCUACCUGGUUUGUGGAGGUCUGGCUUUCAGGGCGCUGGAGCAGCCGUUUGAGAGCAACCAGAAGACGAGUAUCACUCUGGAGAAGGCUUCGUUCUUGGAGAGACACCCCUGCGUUACUCCUGACGAACUGGAGGCGCUCAUCAAGCAUGCCAUUGAUGCAGUGAGUGCAGGAGUGAGUCCUAUUGGAGACACAUCCUACAACUCCAGUUACUGGGACCUGGGCAGUGCCUUCUUCUUCGCUGGGACUGUCAUCACAACCAUAGGUUAUGGAAACAUAGCUCCAAGUACACAGGGUGGGAAAAUCUUUUGCAUCCUUUAUGCCAUAUUUGGCAUCCCUCUCUUUGGCUUCUUGUUGGCGGGGAUUGGAGACCAGCUGGGGACCAUCUUUGUGAAAAGCAUCUUGAGAGUUGAGAAGAUAUUCAGGCAAAAACAUAAACAGAUCAGCCAGACUAAGAUCAGAGUGACGUCCACCAUCCUAUUCAUCCUGGCCGGCUGCAUCGUUUUUGUCACCAUCCCUGCUGUUAUCUUUAAACACAUCGAGGGCUGGACAACACUGGAGGCCAUCUACUUUGUCGUGAUCACACUCACCACAGUGGGAAUAGGAGAUUAUGUGGCAGGUGGUGACCGUAGGAUCGACUAUAUGAAGUGGUACAAGCCCCUGGUGUGGUUCUGGAUCUUGGUGGGUUUGGCGUACUUUGCAGCUGUCCUCAGCAUGAUUGGAGACUGGCUUCGGGUAUUGUCUAAAAAGACCAAAGAAGAGGUUGGGGAGUUUAAAGCUCAUGCAGCUGAAUGGAAGGCAAAUGUUCGAGCAGAGUUCCGUGAAACGCGGCGGCGCCUGAGCGUUGAAAUCCAUGACAAGCUCCAGCGGGCCGCCACCAUCCGCAGCAUGGAGCGCCGUCAGCUUGGCCUUGAGCAGCGAGCUCACUCCCUGGACAUGCUGUCUCCAGAGAAGCGGGCCUUGUUUGCCAGCCUAGAUGCCGGCCGCUUCAAGACUUCCUCCCAGGAGAGCAUUGACACCAAACUCAACAACCUGAGGCUGAAGGGGGCCUGUGAGCCGUACGACCAUCAGGGGAGUGAGCAAGCCCCACAGACAGCGUCCUCCUCGGAGGAGAAUCUCUUCAACAUGCGCUUUGGAUCUCUCACCAAACUGGCCAGGCGCAACAAAAACCGUGAGCUACGGAGGAACAUUAAUGAAGAGGUACGGCGGGCGAGUCUAGGCAUAAACAAUGCCAUGCUGGGUGAGGAGAGGACGGAAGAGGAAGAAGACGGGGAGCCAGAUGAAGAACUUGGAGAAAGAAAGGAGGGAAACACCAGUCUGACAAACCUGUCACAGUACGCAAUGGAGCGCAGCAAGCUGAAUGGGUUCACAGUGCAGGCCAAAGACAGUGAGAACGACUAG